GCUGCGCGCUACCAUUUCACACCAGGGGAAGACAGCCUCAAGGAGUUCUUGCUUCAACAGUGUUUGAACGGAACUUCUUUUACUUCAUCCUCGCUCUUCGUCUUAUCCGCUGAAGAUUUUUCAACAUUCCGGAAUCGAAAAAAAUCCUUCUUUACUUGAACGCUGCUGUGAUAAAGUCGACGUAAAGCUCUAUUUUUUCUACCGUCUCUGUUAAGAAAAACAACCAGCCAAAAUGGAGUCUCAAGUGCGUCAGAACUACCACCGCGACUGCGAGGCCGCCAUCAACCGCAUGGUCAACAUGGAGAUGUUUGCCUCCUACACCUACACCUCCAUGGUGAGCCUUUACUUCUCCCGUGAUGAUGUGGCCCUCCCAGGCUUCUCCCAUUUCUUCAAGGAGAACAGCGAGGAGGAGCGGGAGCAUGCUCACAAGCUGCUGUCCUUCCAGAACAAGAGAGGGGGCCGCAUCUUCCUCCAGGAUGUCAAGAAACCUGAGCGUGAUGAGUGGGGCAGUGGACUUGAGGCCAUGCAGCUUGCCCUGCAGCUGGAGAAGACCGUGAACCAGGCUCUGCUGGACCUGCACAAGCUGGCCUCUGACCACACAGACCCACAUCUGUGUGACUUCCUUGAGAGCCACUACCUUAAUGAGCAGGUGGAGUCCAUCAAGAAGCUGGGUGACUACAUCACCAACCUCACCCGCAUGGAUGCUCACAACAACAAGAUGGCAGAAUAUCUGUUUGACAAGCACACCCUGGGGAACAAGAGCUAAGAAGCCUCAGCAUGAUCCUGGAGAAGAAUCGCCUCCGGGUUUCAGCUGCACAGCUCCAGCUUCACAUUACCUAAUCAUGUGUGAUUUGUGCCUAACCCAUAAAGCUGCCAUCUCAAGUUGUCAUACGUAGUGGUUUCUUUGAAAUGUCACCCAGCAGGAUCAGUUUGCCACUGAACCUCUUGUGUGGCUUUUUCAAAUGGUUUGUGGCUAUUUCUGAUGUCCUAAUCUGAAUAAAACAUUUGAGCUGGA